CACAAGCCUCCUUCUCUUUACUCCUUGACCUCGGGAAACAGAGAGAGACGCAGAGACGGCUGCAGAUCGUGGCCGGUGGGUCGGAGUCAGAUAAGCAAAAACCAAACAUGGCCGCACCAGAAGCCCCUCUUUGCUAUGUCGGUGUGGCCAGAAAAUCUGCUGCUUUCCGCCUCAUGAAACAAAUGGGGUGGGAAGAAGGAGAGGGGCUUGGGAAAGACAAGCAGGGGAUCAAAGGCUAUGUUAGAGUCAAAAACAAGCAGGACACUACUGGUGUUGGUGUAGAGAAGCCCAACAAUUGGGCAUUUGAUACAACCCAAUUUGAUAGUAUCCUCAAAAGAUUGAAAGUGCAAUCAGCGGAACCUAGCGAUGAAGUUGCUGGGAAGAACACCACUCAAGUGGAAAGUGAUACUGAAUUGCCUAGGGAUGUUAAGGAACCAGUUGCGAAGUUUACUCGGCCACAGGGAAGAUAUAAGAAAAGAGAAAGAGGAAAGCUUGUUAAUGCUUAUUCUGCUAAGGAUAUUGAAGGAAUCCUUGUCAGAAGGGCGGAGUCUCCAGAGAUAAAUUUUGAUCUGGGUGGAGAAGUAGAGUCAGAGAAGGCAUCUGAGAUUCAAGUUAUAUGUCCUCCUGAAGGAAACGCAUGUAAAGAGCUUCCUCCAAAUUGGUGGGGCCAUAAAUAUGGGUUCAUCCCUGGAGGUUUGCUUGGAGCAGAGUUGAAAAGAAGAAAAUCAGAAAAGUCUCAAAGUAAUGAGAGGACUAUGUUUUACGAGGACGAUCAAGUAAAUCUUUACAAUCUUGUUCAGGAUAAAUCUACAACUGGAAAGCAAGGACUAGGCAUUAAGGAUCGUAAAAAGAAAAUAGCUGGUUGCUACUUUGAGGGAAAAAAGACAUCAUUUAACGAUAGUGAUGAUGAAGAUUCUGCUGAUCUUGGAUCUCCUGUGAAACAAAAUGGAGAUGACUCUUUGAAAAUGGGAAGUGCCAAUGAACCAAAAGUAAAGCUGAAAAAUCUUUGUAAACAGCUCCUUCGUCAGGCACCUGGAGAAUCAUUGAAGCUUAAAACAUUGAAAGCUUUGAUCGACGAACAUUCAUCUUCUGUUUUCUCCAAUUUUUCUUCAAAGAAAGAUGCGCUUGCUUACUUGAGAGAAAAGGCAUGCAACCAAGUUACUUUGAAGCAGUAUUCAUUUUUUUUCUUUUUGCUGGAAGGCAGCAACAAGUUCAUGGUGGAAGGAAAAAAAGUGAGUCUCACAUCGAGGAGGGGCUGAAGAUUUUGUUAGAGAUAUUGAGAGGUCACAUUCUUUUACUUCGACGAUUUUGAGACUUCUGCAUUGUGAUAUGUACAUUGCAGCCGAGUCUAGUUUAUAAUCAAAAUUCAUAUAGGUAUGCCCUUUACUAGUUUUGUUGUAGUGAUCAGUCGAAAGUAAAUCAAAGCGCCAUUUGCUUUGUAUUAUUUGUGUUAAAUCUGAGCUGCUAUAAGGAUGAAACUCUUGUAAACAGUAAUUC